AUCACUCUACACAUGUAUCGCCGCACAGGUACUACACUCAUAAUAAUCUCUCUCAUCUAAACAUAAAAAAAAUUAAAAAGAAAAUCCCCAAAAUACCAAACCCUCUCUCUUCUCGCUUGAAUUUUGGCGGCGGCGGCGGCAGCAAUGGAGAAUCAAAAGGUUAAGCUAAUGUGUAGCUAUGGUGGAAAAAUCCAGCUUCGUCCUCACGAUCAUCAACUCUCCUAUGUUGGCGGCGAUACCAAAAUCCUCACUGUUGAUCGGAACGUCAAGUUUUCCGAUGUAGCUGCAAAGGUGAAUUGUCUUUGUAAUUGCAACGCGGAGGUUUUAAUAAAGUACCAGUUGCCUGGCGAAGAUCUCGAUGCACUUGUUUCUCUUAUCGAUGAUGACGAUGUUGAGCAAAUGAUGGUUGAAUAUGAUCGCAUGCAGAAAGUUUCCACAAAACCCGCUAGGUUAAGGCUUUUCCUCUUUUACCCGAUUCGUUUACCAGAAUCGCCGUUGAAUCCGGAUUUUUUAUUCGGAUUCGAUAAGGAUUACAACCCGAACCCGAGUUCAACGGCAACAGAGGAUCUUCUGCAAUUGCAAUUCCCCGAAAAUUCAGGAUUGGAUAUGUCAAAAAAUGAGGGAAGCGGAGUGAUUGCAGUUCCGAAAAUAGUUUGUGGUGACAGCACCAGCAGCAGCAGCAGCUUGUUGGUGAAGAAUCAUUACACACAAGGGUUACGUGUGAAUGGUGGGGCCUAUGGUAAUGCGGUGCAGAUGGUUUACGGGGUACCACUGAUGACUGGUGGGUAUCACACUGGGUUUGGGCAGUUGGGAGUAGUGGCUGCAGGUGGUGGCCAAUACAUGGACCAGCCUGUCUACAAUUUUGUGCCUGCAGUGACUUCGGUGAUGGUCCCAGAUCAGCACAAGAUGAUUGUGUCUACAACUGAUACUCUCAGCCGUGAAAUCAAAGGUUGAUCAGAACGUAUCGUAACAGAGGUCAUCAUAUCACCUUCAUCCUUUUUUUUUUUUCUUCUUUCCUUUUUUGGGUCAACAUUGGUGAAUUCUAAAAUGGUACAUAGAGUAAAUAGCGACUGCUUUCUUUUUCCAUUGUCAUUUACUAAGGUGUUUGUUUACUCUUUGUUAUGUGUAAUGAAUUUUUACCCCUUUUAUGGAGUAUAUGUUUCCCAUUAUGUACAUAA